UCAAAAGAAGAAACUCGUCAUUUAUGAAUAUAUUUGAUUCAUUGUUUAUUCAAUCCCUAAUCAGAAUAUAAUGCAUUGUGUUUGGUCAUCACUGUUCUAGUUCGCGGAGAGAUGGUAACUCAAUCACAAGAAAAAUUGCAAAUAUAAAGAUGGGGUGAGGGAACUGAACUAAGCUUAACCAUGAACAAACCUGAAGAACUGAACUAAGCUUAACCGUGAACAACCCUGAACACAUCAAAAAAGAAAAUAUGCAGAUUCAAGACUCCGAAAAAUAUUGCCUUGGCAACUCAGCCAAAGUGUCCAACAAGUCAGCUUUCAGAAGUCUCGAGAGUCUGGUCUGGAAAACUUGCUCCAGUUUAGAAUCUGACGUGACCAGUUUGAGAGCAUAGAUUCCCUGGAUAUCACCCUUGACCUCAACAAAGGCUUUUCGGGGUCCUUCUCGUCUUAGCCCACAAGUGAUGACAGAAACCCACCCUUGUUGCUGGUGGGUUUUCUCAGUCAUCGUCAUCAUCAUCAUCCAUCUUUUGAGGCAAAUGGGGUUUUACAAAAAGAAAUAGAAGAACCAUUUUUUUUUCUCGGAAAACAAACAAGACCCAGAAGGAAAAAUCACGUGAUAACCCUCUCGCACGCACGUGCAAUGACAUUUAUAAUUUCUCCCCUUCUCUGUUUCGACCAAAAACAGAAAGUCCUCGAUACCAAGCAGCAGAAAAAGGAGAGAAGAUGGGCGUAUCAGCCUCAAAGCGAGUGAAGAACUCACUAGCCAACUCUCGCUCGUUUGAUUCGGCUUGCGACUCCGCCUACGCUCAUUGCCUGUCCCUAACCCAGCACGCUUUCGAAGGAGUCCUCCCUUACCAGCUCCUCGCUGCCUCCGCCCACCUCCACCACACCCUCUUCACCCUCCGUCUACCUCUCGUCAUCAAGUGGGUACCGUUUCCCCCAACUCGCGCUCAGGUUGACUCAGCUCUGCGAGCUGUAACACGUAAGAGGCACGAAAACGACGGCAAAAGCAGCGUUUCGUGUCCGGAGGAUGAGGGCGCACUGGUUCUUGGACCGGCCUUGUUCAAGGAAUGGGCCUUGGUGGUGUUUGCGGAGGCCAUCGUGGGCAAUGCUACGAAGGCGGUACUCACCCGGGUCCCCAUCGGAAUCGCUGGAAUCGCAGGCAUCGGAGCAAUCGCUCGGCCAGGGAAGGAUCUAAUCGGAGCGGCGAUUGGAAUUUACGCGCUCGGUGUUGCGACUUCGAUUUAUGUUAGCUUGUCUGGAUAGGCAUAUAUAAUUUUAAUUGGAUAGGAGGAGAGAAACCGUCUGUUGUAUGCCGGUACGUGCAUAAACAUAAUACGUGCGUAUAUAACGUCUGUGCCUUUUGGUCUGAUAGAGCCGCGGGUAGGUGACCUGGUGUUUCAUCUAUUGGUUGCCACGUGGCACGCAGUAAUUACUAAAUAAAAAUAAAAAUUUUACUUUAGUCGUUAAUUUAUUAUUUUCGCUAACACCCACGUUGUAAUUUGAAAUCUUCUAAAUUCUGCUCCAGUUCUCAAAUUUCAAUUUG